CUAGCUGGCUAUCGCAGGAGGUGAUGGGCAGAGAGAGGUUCUUGGAGUGGGCAGCAUUGAUUUUGAAAGAAUUAGAAGCAAGUCUUGCAAUAAUUCUGAUUGUGGGAGUAAUGCUGGUUAAACUCUGAGAACUUGCUGGUACUUUGGGACUUAACUCAAAUAGAGAACGUAUGCACCUUGUACUCUGAGUAAGCCUUUCUCUUCGUGGAACUUUGAAAGUGUCCGAACCAAAUAAGAUGCCCCCGAACAGCUUCUUGAACCCAACAGUUGAACAGAUUUUACUGUGCGCCAUGGCAGACUUCAGAGGCCAGCAUUGUUAGGUCAACAAGGAAACAAAUGAGACGCUGCUGGACGGAAUUCAUGGGAUCCCCAUCUAGCCCCGCUGCACUUUUCCCCCUUGGCUUCUUCCACUUCCCCAGCAAACACCAGCACAAACUCAAGCGAAAACCGUCACAUAAACCAACCUCAGCGGACCGACAAGACACUGCCAAUGAUGAAGGAGUUCAACUCUAGCAGCCUACAUCUGCUUGAUUCUAUUGCCAAUGGCAUCCAAUUCUUGCAAAGGGGCAAUGCUUCCUCUGCCAUAUCCGAGUUCAAGGCAGCUCUGAUGAGCUUGAAGAGACAGAUUGAUCAAACUCGACAAUCCUCUGAGAUACAGAAUAAAAAAGACCAAGAACAAGAUUUGUUGGGUGAAUGGACUGAUCAUGGAGGAUUCUCGAUCCAGAGCCUUUCAAUUGCACACAAAACAUGGCUCAAGGAAGAAUGUGGACUUUUCCUUCUGUUCCCCAAGGUGUUUCGAAUAUGCAAGACACAAGGGUCUAUGAAUGCGUUGGAGUGCCGUUCAUGUUUGAUAGUGCUGCUCUACAAUCUGGGGCUUGCAUAUGAUCUUCAAGCCAAAUCAGGUCCAGUGGGAGCCACAUACAAAUGCAUGGAACGGGCCAUUUUCUUUUAUCAGGCAGCUCUGGAGGCUGCUGUGUCCACAGACCAUGCCAGAAGUGUUGCUGUAUUGGCAAACAUGAAGCUGGUCCUACUGGCUACCAUCAAUAACUUGGCCCGUCUUGAGUCCCUGCAACUCUGUUCAGAAGGGUUGAAUACGUGCCUUGACUGGGCUGGAGACCUUUUGUGCUCUACCACAAAUGUGCCCCUGGAAGAGGAUGUUGAUGAGGACUAUCAGUUCCUGCUGCAGAGCCUGGGCCCUUCUUUGCAGUUGGAUGCAUUUGUGCUGCCAGCUGCGCCGGCAGCAUAGCUGUAGGUUACUUUGAAGACACCAGUUCUGAUUCUUGAUACCAUACUAGAAUUAUUGCAUUCCACUUCGCGACAAAUUGUAAUUGCCCGUCUCAAAGCAUGCCAUGCAAGAACAUGCAAAGAUAGUUUGCUGACAUUUUGCCGCAGUACCAGUACGCUGGUUCGUUGGGCACUCUUUGUACCGGGUAGCUAGCUAGCUGGCCAGCCAUCAAACUAGCAAUAG